AUGGGAAAUUCGGUAACCGCUCGGGCGGGAUAUAACCAAUUCAAAGAUGAUGCUCCAGCGCCCAAUUCUUCUGCCGCGGUUUUGGAGAUGUCACAGAAUGGCAACAAAAAUGAAAUUAAAAACUACACUAGUCCACAGCCAGAUGGCGGGCAGAAGGAGGAGAAAGAGAAACUAACAACAGUGGCAUCCACGUACUUCAACGAGAAAAUCCCCAUACCUGACUUGGACAAGGAAGAAUGUUUCAGUUUCCGCAAACUCUGGGCAUUCACUGGUCCAGGUUUUCUCAUGAGUAUUGCCUACCUUGACCCUGGAAAUAUCGAGUCAGAUCUUCAGUCUGGAGCAGUUGCUAAGUUCAAGUUGCUAUGGGUUUUGAUGUCCGCAACCAUCCUGGGUCUCCUGAUGCAACGUUUGUCUGCUCGGCUGGGAGUUGUCACUGGGAAUCACCUGGCAGAAGUGUGCUACCAGAACUACAAGAAAGUACCUCGUCUCAUCUUGUGGGUCAUGGUGGAGAUCGCUAUCAUUGGCUCAGACAUGCAAGAGGUCAUAGGCACAGCCGUGGCUUUCUACCUGUUGUCUGAUGGAAAGAUCCCUUUGUAUGCAGGAGUCAUCAUCACCAUUGCUGAUACAUUCACAUUUCUUCUCCUGGAUCGAUAUGGCCUGAGGAAAUUGGAAGCAUUCUUUGCAUUGCUGAUUACAAUUAUGGCUGUCUCUUUUGGAUAUGAGUAUAUUCGAGUAGCUCCUGAUCAAGGUGAAGUUGUAAAGGGUUUAUUCUUUCCCUAUUGUGACAACUGUGGGUCCAAAGAGCUGCUGCAGGCUGUGGGUGUCAUUGGUGCUAUCAUAAUGCCUCACAACAUCUACCUACACUCAGCACUUGUCAAAUCAAGAGAUGUGAAUCGUGAAAAUCGAAAGGAAGUACGAGAAGCCAACAAAUAUUUCUUCGUUGAAGCGGCCAUUGCUUUAUUUAUAUCUUUUCUGAUCAACGUAUUUGUAGUUUCUAUAUUUGCUGAGGGUUUUUACGACAAAACCGCUCCAGAAAUAUAUAACAAUUGCUUGAGGCAUGAUAAUCCCCAUGCAGAUGUGUUUAACGUUAACGAAACAGAACUGUCAGUGGAUAUAUUUAAAGGG